CCCUCCAAUUUUUUUCAACCCUCAAAAAAAAUUCUCCCUGCAUAAAAAACACACUCCAUUUUCUCUCUCCUCUUCUUCUUCUUCUCUGUUUCUCUCUCCUCCUCAGACAUGUCUGUAAUGGCGAGAGAAGUAGAAGAAGAUCUAAAAUCACCUUUGAUCAAGUCGGAAGGAGGAUUCACAACCGAUGAUAAUCAAUCAAACGUAAUCAUUGACAUCGAAUCCAACGGUCACCAUCAUCAUCAUCAGGAUUACACCAACAACAGCAACAAUCGAAUUGAUGAAGAAGCGGUAGUUUUAGAGGUUCAUGAAGAAGAAAGGGAUAAUAAUCCGUUUGAAUUUAUUGGUGUGGAGAGAUUAGUAGUACCAAAAGAGACAACAAUUGAUCCAUUUCGUAAUAAUACACCAGAGAUUGGAUGUAGUUUAUAUGAAUGGAUUAAGAUGAUAAUUGUAAUACCAAUUGCACUUUUGCGUUUGGUUGGAUUUGGUAUUUGCUUAGCUAUUGGAUUUGUGUUUACUAAAUUCGCUUUGUUUGGAUGGAAAGAUAAAAAGAAUCCGAUGCCUCGUUGGAGAUGUAGGGUUUUAGGUGUUACUCGUCUUUGUUCUCGUGGUAUCCUCUUCUGUUUUGGGUAUCAUUGGAUAAGGAGAAAAGGAAAACCAGCUCCAAGAGAUAUUGCACCAAUUGUUGUAUCAAAUCAUGUAUCUUAUAUUGAUCCAAUUUUCUAUUUCUAUGAAUUGCAUCCAACUAUUGUUGCGUCCGAAUCGCAUGAUUCGCUUCCGUUUGUUGGAGAUAUUAUAAGAGCAAUGCAGGUGAUUUAUGUCAAUCGGUUUUCGGCAGGGUCAAGGAAGAAUGCUGUUAGUGAAAUAAAGAGAAAGGCUUCAGGCAACAGAUUUCCAAGAGUACUAUUGUUUCCCGAGGGUACUACCACAAAUGGGAGGUCGCUUAUUUCAUUCCAACUUGGUGCUUUCAUUCCCGGGUAUCCAAUCCAACCAGUGGUGGUUCGCUAUCCUCACAUUCACUUUGACCAAUCUUGGGGAAAUAUUUCCUUGGCGAAGCUCAUGAUCAGAGGGUUCCUCCAAUUUCAUAAUUUCAUGGAGGUGGAGUAUCUUCCUGUAGUUUACCCAAAUCAAAAAGAAAGUGCUUCAAAUUUUGCUGAGAGGACUGGUGAAUCUAUUGCGAGCGCACUCAAUGUUGUACAAACAUCUCAUUCUUACGGGGAUGUGAUGCUUCUCAUGAAAGCAGCUGAGGCGAAGCAGGAGAAGGCCUCAAGUUAUAUGGUGGAACUGGCUAGAGUUGAUAAUUCACUUAACAUAAGCACAUUGGAAGCUCUGGAUUUCCUAGAUGUAUUUCUUUCAAUGAAUCCAGGCCCUAGUGGACGUGUUGAAAUUCAAGAAUUCUUGAGAGUUCUAAGGCUGCCAUUCUGUCCUCUAUCAGAAAAGAUUUUUGCUUUCAUCGAUGUGGAGAAAUAUGGCCAAAUCACGUUCCGACAGUUCUGUUAUGGAGUGGCUCUUGUCAUGAAGCAGCCAUUAUUCUGGAGAACUUGUGAAUUAGCUUUUGGAGUUUGUGAUUCCAGAGGGUUAGGCUAUAUCACAAAACAACAGUUGAGUGAUUCCAUUCGACUCGCUAUUCCAGACAUUACCGAUGAACAGGUGGAUGAACUUUUCAAACUGUUCGACAGUGAUAGCGAUGAUAAAGUCAGCGAGGAUGACUUUAUAACCUGCCUAAAAAAGAACCCGUUGUUGGUAGCGCUUUUCUCAUGGGUUGGCACUGGAACUGAAGUAGGUGAUAGGGGGCUUGUUCAGGUAGUGUAAUAAUGGAGUUGUUGAUGGUUACAUCAUUGUAACUGUGGUGUUUGUUGAAGGGAGCUGCAGUAGAGUUAUUUGAAAUUACUGCACAAAGAUAUAACCAUGUAGUAAAAAGCUGUAAAAUACUCUCAAGAUUUGUGAGCAACAUUUUGAUAAUCAAUAUAUUCUUUUUUACUUGAA